AUGGCUUCUUCAUCUGCUGCAUCCAACUCGUCGUCAGUAAAUCCCAUGCGGAUUUCUGCGGCUGAGCGACGAAAGAAGGUUUUUUUGGGUCAAUUACCAGAUGAUUUCUUGCGUAUAACUACUCCAUCGCCAGUUUCAGUUCAAAGGCAACAACAGCAGUCUGUGGUUCCUGUCUAUAUUACGGAUCCUAAUUUGGUUACUCAGCAAUCUCUUUUGCAAGCACAGCAGGCAUUCUACAGCUUUGUACCUCCGAAUACACGUGGUCGUCUUUCGAUAACAGUCGUGAGUGCGAAGCUUGUAAAAAAUUAUGGUUUGGUGCGGAUGGAUCCUUACUGCUGUGUGCGAGUAGGGAAUGCCGUUUUUGAAACACCAAAGGAUACAAAUGGUGGUAAAACACCGAAGUGGAAUCGUAUCAUCAACUCCUAUUUGCCAUUUGGUGUUGAAUCAUUUUAUCUUCAAAUUUUUGAUGAAAAAGCAUUCACUGCUGAUGAAUGCAUUGCUUGGGCACAUAUAAUACUUCCAAAUGGUAUAUUCUGCGGUGAGAUAAUCGAUGACUGGUAUCAACUUUCUGGACAACAGGGUGAAGGCAAAGAAGGUGUCAUAAAUCUUAUAACAUCAUUUACACCAGUUUAA